CUUAUCACAAAAGAUUUGGUUAAGUCUAUAUCUUUAUGAAACAUUGUGACUUGAAUAUUGGCUUCAUUUUAUUAACAUUUUUAGCAUUAAAUAUUUUUCUUGACAACAUGUUUACCAUGAAAGAAUAAAUUUUUAAGACUUGAAUAAAGACUACAUAGAAAAACGAUUGCAUUCUGAACGCUUCAAAUUUUGAGGUGAGACAAGUACGAGGGAAAUAUGGCGUUACAUAGUGUACCGCCAAAAAGAAAAGAAAUUUACAAAUACGAGGCACCGUGGCCAUUGUAUAGUAUCAAUUGGUCAGUAAGACCCGAUAAACGAUUUCGUUUGGCUCUUGGCAGUUUUGUGGAAGAAUAUAACAAUAAAGUACAAAUAGUUUCAUUGGAUGAAGAGACCUCUGAAUUUAGUGCCAAAAGUACAUUUGAUCAUCCAUAUCCAACUACCAAAAUUAUGUGGAUACCAGAUAGUAAAGGUUUGUUUCCGGAUCUCUUAGCUACAUCUGGAGACUAUUUAAGAGUUUGGAGAGCAGCUGAACCGGAAACUCAUUUAGAAACUGUUUUAAAUAAUAAUAAAAAUUCUGAUUUUUGUGCUCCUCUUACAUCGUUUGAUUGGAACGAAGUAGAUCCAAAUUUAAUUGGUACUUCCAGUAUAGACACAACAUGUACUAUUUGGGGAUUAGAAACUGGUCAGGUUUUGGGUAGAGUUAAUAUGGUCACUGGCCACGUUAAAACGCAGUUAAUUGCUCACGAUAAAGAAGUAUAUGAUAUAGCAUUUAGUCGGGCUGGUGGUGGUCGCGACAUGUUUGCUUCCGUUGGUGCAGAUGGUUCUGUAAGAAUGUUUGAUUUGCGGCAUUUGGAACAUUCGACCAUAAUAUAUGAAGAUCCACAACACACACCGCUCUUAAGACUUGCAUGGAAUAAGCAAGAUCCCAAUUAUCUUGCAACAGUUGCAAUGGAUGCUUGUGAAGUAAUUAUUUUGGAUGUUCGUGUCCCAUGUACGCCAGUUGCAAGACUGAAUAACCAUAGAGCAAGCGUUAAUGGCAUUGCUUGGGCACCACAUUCGUCUUGCCACAUUUGUACGGCGGGAGAUGAUCAUCAGGCACUAAUUUGGGAUAUACAACAAAUGCCAAGAGCCAUUGAGGAUCCUAUUCUUGCUUACACUGCUGCAGAAGGAGAAGUGAAUCAAAUUCAAUGGGGUGCUACUCAACCUGACUGGAUUGCAAUUUGUUAUAACAAAGCGGCAGAAAUCCUCAGGGUAUUGUUGAAAAAUGUAUGGAAGAAUCACAUAAAAAUGCAAUGCGUAUUCGUACUCUAAUAAAAGAAAAAAUAUUGUCAAAUUCUUCUAUUAAAACGAAUAAAGUUAUAGCAGUAGUGCUCGUGAUAUUAGUAUUAAUAAUGAAAUAUUUACUUACAAGCGUUCAAAAUCAUAAUCGAAAACAAGUCUUUUUAUAUGUUACUGAUUUAAUUUCACAAUUUUUUUAUCAUUAAUUAAUAAUAGAGAUGU